AGGAGCAGAGGGAGUGAGGCUGAUCAUGGCCACGUCUGAGCUGAGCUGCCAGGUGUCGGAGCAGGACUGUGAGCGCCGAGAGGCCUUCUGGGCCGAAUGGAAGGAUCUGACCCUGUCCACGCGGCCUGAGGAAGGGUGCUCCCUGCAUGAGGAGGAUGCCCAGCGGCAUGAGACCUACCACCGGCAGGGCCAGUGCCAGGCGCUGGUGCAGCAGUCGCCCUGGCUGGUGAUGCGCAUGGGCAUCCUCGGCCAAGGGCUGCAGGAGUACCUGCUGCCUUACCAGCGCGUGCUGCCGCUGCCCAUCUUCACCCCCACCAAGGUGGGCGCCGCCAAGGAGGAGCGCGAGGAUACCCCCCUCCAGCUGCGGGAGCUGCUGGCCCUGGAGACAGCCCUGAGCGGCCAGUGUGCGGAGCGGCAGGACAUGGCCGAGAUCACCAAGCAGUUGCCCCCCGUGGUGCCCGUCAGCAAGCCAGGCACCCUCCGUCGCUCUCUGUCCCGCUCCAUGUCCCAGGACGCACAGAGAGGCUGAGAGGGACCGUGUCUCCCCCGCUUCCCUGGGCUGGGCCCUUCCUGGCUAGGACCAUGGAGGGGAGCUGCUGGCCUUGGAUGCUUUGUAGUUUGCCCAGAGUUGGGGGCUAGGAGAGGAGGGAGCCAGAGGCCAGGAUGCCUGGUCCCCCUGAGUUCCCAAAGGGAGGGGAGCAGACAGUGGGCACGAAGUGUGGAGAGCUAGGGCCAGCACAGCUGAAGAGCCCCGGCCCAGGAGAAGGGACAAAAGGUGCUGAUGGGGGAAAGAGGUGCCUGAGAGGGGUGACCCAGCUUCAGAGCAGGACGAGGGAGAGUGGAAGGCGAUGGGAAAGGCGCUGGGGAAGGCUUGGAGAAGACCAGAGGGAGGGGGAUGUGACGAGGGCAGAGGCAGGGCGGAGCCCCCAGCACCCUCUGUUAGCGCUGCAAUAAAUGCUCAGUCGUG